UCAUCUUUUCCUUUUCAGGAAGGCAAUGGGCCAGCUGGCUGGCUCAGGAUGCCUCAUCCUUAUUAUACUGGUUUCGGCUGAGGAUUUACACCUAACAACUGACGAUGAGGGUUAUCUUACGGUUAUCCAAGGAUUUGCAACUCAGCUGAAAUGUGUACUGAACACAUGCUCACCAAAUGUUAUUUGGUCAAAAGAUGAAGUGAUGAUCUUCAAUGGAACAAACCUCAUCAAAUCUCCUACGAUAAGUGAGAAAUCCUACAAAUUACAGCACGAAGCGUAUGUGGACCAUCAGAAAGGUUGCACUGGUCAAUGCGAUGACUCAACACCGUGUCCAGAAGGUAGCGCCUGCAUGGAAAACCAGUGUUGCGCUUGUUCCAAGGAGGAGUUUACCCUUGUUCUGAGAAAUCUGACAUUUGAAGACUCGGGGAGAUACAAGUGUCAAAUCGCCAACAAAUCUGAGCAAUUGGAAUUUCAAGUGGAAGUGUUGGAAUCAGGGCUCAAGGGCGGAUUUCAUGAGAAUAUCUCCUACGACCAUUCGGAAUGCUGCCAAGAGAAAGGUAUAUCCCCGCUGUGCAGAGCGAUGUGUAAGCCAAGCGAAAUGGCUGAGCAUCACUUUGACCCAACCAGCUGUAAAACCGACGACUACAAGAACUUCCUAUACUGCGCUACGGAAAAUGGAACCAGAAGUCAUAUCCAUUGCUGCAAAACCCAACUUGUUCCAUCGUUCUGCUAUGAUUUCUGCUCCGGUGACUUCAAGAUGCUGCGUCGAUCACAUCGUCUCUGCUUGUACUAUUUGCCGGAAAUCUUCGAAUGCUACAAUCGUGCAUACCUGCCAUUCCCGGAUCCGCCCGAGGAAAUUGUGGUGAAUGCAGUAGAACAUGACAAGCUAAGUGUCUGUUGGCAACCUCCACCCGUCCAUGACUCCAACAAAAAUUUCCCAGUCAUCGAUUACACCGUCUACUACAAGGAAAUUCCUAAUUUUCCUCUAAUGGGUGACCUUGGCGGAGGUGUUCCACUUCUGAACGGGGACUAUACCGAGUUUGGCGAUUUGGACGACGAUGCCGAAUAUGUGGAACCAGACGCGAGUACGCAGAAUCCAACGCCAAGAGCUAGGAGAGAGGAGAAAAGUGUAUUGAACUUGCAACCACCAUCAGAUCAAGCGGGUUUCGAUGGAUUUGUAGAGCCCAACCUCAGCGUUAGCGUUCGCAGGAAACGUAAUAUGCAUACAGUGGUUGUAAUGACUCGAGACGAAACUACAAAUUCUACCACUAUCCGGGAAUUCAACUUCCAGCACAUUAAUACCACCGGCACUUGCCAGACAAUCAGCGAUCUGCGUUCUUCAACCAGAUACAUUGUGUAUGUGACGUCCAGGAACGAAUACGGUAGCUCUGUGCCUAGUGUACGGUCGAUUGCCAGCACCAACAUUCACACGGUCAAAAACAACGAAACUCUACCUGAUGUGAUGAAGUGCUGCAAGGAAAACAAAGUCUCAGACUUCUGCAGUUCGAAAAUGUGCGUUGUGGAAACUUCGCCAAAUGCUUUUUCCACUGUUGCUAUCGCUACAUCUUGCCGUGGAGAGUGGUCAAAGGUCUCCCCUUGCGUAGCAGAUGGACGUAAUCACACCGAAUGCUGUGAACGGAAAGGUGUACAGAAAGACUGCUUACCCAUUUGUGCCGGUUCGACAGAAUCCUUGGGAGUUCAUGCGGUUCUAUGUCUCAAUCUUGAUCUACAUGCGAUCUAUCAAUGCCUCAGAGAGGGUUACGAAACACAUCCUUCUCCACCUGUGAACGUAACUGUCAAUUCGGUUACGGAAUCGUCGGCUGAGAUCGCUUGGUCAGAGCCUGAUGCAAAUCCGGAUCUGGUCGAGACGUUCACACUUAUAAUCAGGAAGAUGGAACAUGGAGCGUCGACCAGGGAGGUCCACAAUGCCGUAUCACCCCACACUGAAAUUGGUUUGGAUCCCGACAGCCAAUAUUCCGUGACGGUGAGGUCAAACUCACGAAAAGGACAAUCUCUACCAUCUACGGCCAUUGUUUUCCACACCAAGUCGGAUGACCAUGGAGUUUGCGCAAUUGGUGAACCACUGCUCAUUUCAGAAGGACGACCAUUCAUGUGCAACGAAGAUCAUCCAUGCCCGCUGGACUUCCAAUGUACAGAAGUGGACAAUGAGAAUUACUGCUGUCGAAAAGAAUACGGUAACUCCGAUGAAGAUUUCCAAGAAUGCUGCAAACAUCAGAAUGUGUCACCAGACUGUCAGUCGUCUUGUCACUUCAACUCUAGUCUUCCUGAGACAUGCCAACAAGAUCUCAACAAAUGGGUACAGUGCGCCUCAGAAGGUCGCGACCAUUCUCGUUGCUGUGAAAAGGAACAAGUUCCGAAGGAAUGCCUCACUGGGUGCCGACAUCCCUUCCAGGUCCCCGACUCAUGCUAUGCCUCUUUGAACAAGCUGUCCACGUGCUUCUCGGCUCCUCAUAUAGGGCUACCCCAGGCUGUACAGAGGCUGAGGGUUACGGAUAUCAAUUCUACUUCUGCGCUGCUUUCAUGGGAAGAAAGCGAUUACGGAAUUCUCGGCUAUAAAGUGGAGUUGUUCUUGAACAACGACAUCGUUACCACUGCUGACAUCACUACUGAAUCCUAUCGGAUGGAAAAUCUAAUCCCAGGAAGUGAAUAUCGAGCUCGAGUCACAGCCCAUAACGCCAAGGGUAGCAGCCCACCUUCAUUCAAUGUCACGUUCACCACACAACCGGCUAAGAUAACGGAAGGUGACAAGCCCAAGGCACCGGAUGGACUUAGGAUUGAGUGGAACUACGGUAAUCGCGUGAAUAUCACUUGGAAUGCCGUGGAUAAGAACUUAGACGGCAGCAAUAUUCAAGGAGUCGUACAGUAUGCCUUGUACUAUGUGGAUACCGAAAAAACUGGGCAGUGGACUACGAUCCAAACUAACAACACCUGGGUGGUAAUGAACGAAUUACAACGAGAUGCACUAUAUAACGUAUAUGUGACCGCUACUGUUAACGGCAAGACUAGCGAGAGUUCUUCUGUAGUUACAGUGCUUGCUCAACCAGACCGACUUGGCUUACCUGAACCUAUCAUUACAAUCACUCCGGAUCAUCACGAUGGCGUUUACCUUCAAAAUGACAAGAUUUCUAUCAAUUGCUCAAUACAUAUGGAUGUACACAAAGGACAUUAUAAUCUGGAUCUCACAGCAGGAAGCCAUCAGGCUAGCAACGAUCAUGGAGUUUCUUGGGUGGCCGAAGAAGUGGAAGCCGAUUCAUCCAUAGACACGGUUAAAUGCGCUGUUACUGAUACCGAUGGCCGUCAAAAUGUCGCUAUGAGGAAUUUGCUUGUCAAAUUUGGUCCCGUGGCCAAGAUGGAUAAGGAAAAAGUGCGGGCAUUCGACGAUCAGUCGGCUGAAAUUUCUUGCACUGUCAAGGGCUACCCAACUCCUGCUAUUCGUUUCGAGACCGAAGGCAAAACUGUAAUAGGUGACACUCGUCUCAAAGUUGUUGCAAUCAACACCUACAAGGCUACACUUCACAUAAAGAACGUGAAAGGCAAAGCUGGUGUAUACUCUUGCAUUGCUGAAAAGGAUGGAAGUCAUUCGGUGGAUACUGCUGAGCUUGUUGUUUCCAAAGACAUUUUGCCUCCGAAUCCUAAGGGUAUAAUAGUCUGCUGCGAAAAAGAGGGCAUCGAAGGUGACUGCCAGCAAGCUUGCUCAGUUGGAAGGGUCCCACCUUCUGUUGGUAAUUGCUCACAAUAUGCGGCCAGUUUGCUCAAAUGUGCAGCAGCAGAUUUCCGAGAUCAUAGUGAUUGCUGCGAUCUGCGAGGAGUGUCGAAAAAAUGCUUACCCCUGUGCUCAGGUGAUUCGUUCUCGACGGAUGUGGACUGCACACCAUUUGCGGUGACAAUUAUGGAAUGUCGCGUUCGCGGGCAUGAGAAGGAGGGAAGACCGGAACCGGUCAGAAAUAUUGACUAUGAUGUUCCAGAAAAAGGAAAGCUCAAGGUCACCUGGGAGGACAGUGAUCCUAGCGAAACCUAUCGAUACUACGCUGUCUACUACAAGAAAAAAGAUGAUGAUAACGGAGACUACAAGGUCGAAAAGGGCGUUUCACGGUCUGUUGAGCUUGACGUUGAACCAGAUACUGCCUACGAACUUGUGAUCAUUUCGACAAACGCUUUCGGGAUAAGCCCUGUGGCAUUUUUGGAUGUUCCAUCGACAAGUGUUGGCAAAUCGGGUUCAGGCGCAGGCUCAUCAGCAUUCUUCAUCUUUUUGUUGCUGGUGUGCUGCGGUUUGGUCAUACUUGGAAUAAUCUACCUCGGACGACGACGUGACCUACCAGCACCGUUUGGUAAACUUGUGCGAAGACAACAACCACCACGAGGAGGUCCAACAGUUGCCUUUGAGAACCCAGCUUAUGUAUCCGGUCAUGAAGUCGAAAUUCGAGGUCUUGGAGGUGGUGGUCAUGCCAACGGCGACACUGAGUGGCAAAGUCAGGAUCUGCAAGCUUCUGCCGCCCCGGAGGAAUAUCGUAAUGGGAUGCGAUAUGCAAAAUUGGAAUCUGCAUAAAAUGCAUAUGUAAUUUUUGACUAUAUGAUUAUUUGUUCACUUCCAUGAAGACCUCUUACUCUUCCCAUAGAUGUAUGAUAAGACAAAAUGACGCUCCGCAACAAUGUGGCAUUUUCUAAAAUUGUAUAUUAUCCACGAGGUAUCGCUGACACCCCUAAAAUCUGCUUUUCUCAAUAUUUAAAUCUUUUUUUUAUCAAGUAAUCAUUCAUGUCUCAUGUUGACAUCGUUGAAAGCUCAAUAUUCUAUAACUAUGUGUUUGGAGUGUCGAUCAUUUCAUAAUUUAGUCUGUUAAUUUUCUUGUUAGUUUCUACACAACGAUGGUAGCACGACGGGUUUUCUUGUGAGUGUGUUUUCAGAUUGCGUUUUGAAUCGAUAAUAAAAUCUUCUCAUCA